AAAGAUGAUGCUAAGGUUCACUAUGUUUCACCACCGUUUAAGGGUGUUUCAGUUUUCUGCACUGAAUAUCCAGACCAAUUUUUAGUUAGUGGUCGUGAUUUUGGUAAACAAGAUUACUCAUUCCCAGAAGUUUUACUCUAUUUAAAUGAAAUCGUUAAAAAAGUUCCAAACUUUGACAGUGCUUCAGUUGUUUACAAUAAAUUCAAAAACGCUCUUUCAUACAAUGUCGAUCAUGCCUUUAUUCCAGGUUUCAAUCUCCUCGAAGCCAACCGUGAUAAAUUCUACGAAUAUAGCACCAGUGAAGAUCGUGCUGCCACCAUGAAAGAUCUUUCAGAAUUCUAUUUAGCCACCGCCUUCUGGACUGGUCUCUACCAAAACAGAGCUUCAGAAAUGGCUGCUCGUAUGGUUUCUAUGGAUAAUGCCUCAAAGAAUGGUGAAUCAAUUUCACAAGCCCUCGGUCUCCAAUACAACAGAGCUCGUCAAGCUAUGAUUACCUCUGAAUUAAUUGAAAUUACUUCUGGUGCUGCUGCCAUUGAAAACUCUGAUUAA